AUGUCCACCGCCACGUUUUGCACCGACGACGUGCCCGACGAGCUGUGGCUCGAAAUCGCCUCCCAUCUUCGGUGCGCACAGCUCCAAACACUUCACCAGCUAGACAAGCGCUUGAGCCGGCUCACCCGCCCCUUGCUCUUCGCCGAGCUCACCUUUUCGCGGACGUUUUGCGCGUCGCCGACGCCGCCGAUCGUUCGAGAGCGGGCAGAAGCGUCUGGGCUUCUGGCUGUCGGAAGAUAUGGCCCAGCUAAGAUUACCACGCAGAUACCGAUCGGUACGGACUUUGUCCUCCCCAGGGCAGACGAACUCGACUUCCUAUCUCGCCGCCUCGUCGAAAGCCUUUCCCACUUUACUGGACUGCGGCGCCUGGAAGUUGACGAUGAAACUCUAUCGAUGGCCGCGAUUAUUGGCAUACAUGGGUUGCCACUGCUGGAGCGCUUGGACCUUACGCGCUGCCAUGUUGAAGACGACGCAAUUGAUCUAUCCCUGGCUGUGACACAAGCGCCGCUUUCCGUCGUGGAGUUGUCCGCGUUCCAGUCCGUUGCCCCAGAGAAGGAGCGGUUCUGGAGCGCGUUUUUCAAUGCCGAUAGCCUGCGUGCUGUCACUCUGAACAUCCAACUUGCUUUCUGGCUCCAGGAUUCGCAAGUGGCACCAGUAUUCCGGCGCACGACUAAACUCACAUUGCUCUAUCUCGCAACCGCCCCCGCUGCAUCGCUGCCCCACGUUCUCGCGAAAUCAUUCCCCGCCCUGCAAGACCUCGGCCUCUUCCCUGCAUCCCCCGCGCCGCGGCCUGAAGAUGAACCAAACGAGUCGACACGGAAUCCCCAUGAAUCCUUGUGUCCCAUUCUACGCACCGCGCUCCUUCCAAUUGCCGGCCAACUGGUGCACCUCCGUGGGUACUACAGCAUCCUGGAACAUUUUUCCAUGGAACCGUGGCGGGUGAGCCACCUCGGCCUGUCGCCGCACCUCUUCUACGCGCUCGACGAUCUUGCUGUGGCCCUCGACCCCUGCGCAACGCUCACGCAUCUCUCGCUGAGUAUAUUCGACGUCGACACGCCGAGUCUGAACGCGACCCUGCGGCUCUAUCCGCGGCUGGAGGCGCUCUACCUGCAUGGCCUGGAUCUCCCACUUCAAAUGCCGAUCUGGACAGAACUGGCCUCGGACCUCGCUCUGCCACCGACGCUGCGCGCACUGCUCGUCAAUACGAAGCGCUGGCCAGACAUCCCCGGAGAAGUGGCAGAAGCCGGCGUCCCGCCGACCGACACCGCGGCGCGUGCGCUGCUGGACGCGUUUGUGGGCCGGUACCCGCAGCUCACGCUCCUCUGGAUCCGCGGACGGGACUUCUUCAUCAUGCGUAGCGGGGAGCGAGGGGCAGACGAGCGCGUCGUGGCCGUGUGCGACGAUGUUGAUGCGGUUAGCGACAAGUACAUCGACUUGUGGAACCGGCAGUCAGAGUUUGUCUAG